CUGCUGGAUAAAGGCCUUCUGACAUUGUCACGUCCAUAAUGGUAUUCGCGAUGCAACCAUUCAUCUCGCUCCUGCACGUCAUCUCAUCACUCCAUCUCCAUGGUGACCAUUCUCUCAGGGAUUGAUGGUAUGGGCUCACCCUGCUGCCGCAUCAGCAGAAAUCGACAACAAUAAUGCUGCAGAAGACGAUAGAGACAGCGCGAUGUCAUUUGAAGCAAUCUGAGAUGUGGAGCAGAAAAACAAACCUUGUUACAAAUACACUGGCUUCUGGAGGUCACGUGAGCAGCACACUGAGUGAGAUUACUAUGGACAAAGGUUCUGCAGUCGCACACAGUCUCACAAAGGCUGUGCAAACAGCUUGUGCAGAGAUAAAUUGCCCAGGUGGAAAUCGUUCAGGGAAAAUGAAUGUGCUUUCAAUUGUAGAGGAGCGCAGUAGUAAUUUUCAGAGUCCAGCAAACGGAGAAGAGAGUGUGACUUUACGGAGCGAAGGUGGUUACAUGCGAAUGGGUAAGAAGGACAUCUACAGGUGUCUGGAAUAUGAUACAUGUGAGGACAGCAGUCCAUGUUUGAUGAGACCCAGAAUUGAAGAGAAUAUUCAUUUAACGUCAUCAACGAAUACACAUCCAUCAUUGUCCAAUGGGGAUAUAACACAAAAGGAAACACAUACUCACAACGUGGAAAGCAUUCAGCUUCUUCUUCACAAUGAAAUACAUAGCACUGGCACAAUGGACGCUGAGCAUGUGGUACAACAUUUCAGUGGACAUUUUAGAAAGACAUGGCAAGGUCAAGACAGUCUAAUUGUGGAUAACUUGAGCCGUAAUUUUGAAUUGAUACCAUGUCAUGAAGGGAUCUCGAAUUAUUCAGGGUGUGAUGUUAACAUAACUCAAUCCAUAGCUGGCAUGGUUGAGGAAGACGCUAAUUUUAACACUUUCACUGUGAAGGGCAUUCCCAUACCACUCUUGCCUGUGCAUGACAUUCCUCUUGCUUUUGAGAUCAAGAGCACUGAUAGUGUCAAGCUGAUCACCGAGAAUAGUUUUGUGCCUUAAAUAAGCAAACAAGUGAAAAGGCUCAAUUGAGAAAAAUAAAUGACCCCAUUGAGGCAAUGGAUGAUCUGUCACAGCUGGAGCAGGUCAAUGAGGAAGCCAUUCUGCACGUCCUGCACUCUCGCUAUAAGCAAGAUAUUAUAUAUACGUACAUUGGACCUGUACUAGUGGCCGUGAACCCAUACAAAAGCAUCCCAGGUCUGUACGGUGCCACUCAACUCGGCCACUACCUCCACCACCGGCUUGGAGAGUUGCCCUCCCACAUCUAUGCCAUGGCCAGUGAGCUCUACCGGGGGUUGUGGAGUCGCACCCGUGGCCAGUGUGUGCUCAUCAGUGGAGAGAGCGGCGCCGGAAAGACCGAGAGUGCAAAGCUCCUCCUGGGCUGCCUCACAGCCGCCACCCGAUGCUGUGCUGCGUUGGGCCGAGGAGAAGGAGGUUGCGGGCCAGGGCUGCCAGCUGCCAGAGGUCAGAGGGUCACUGCAGUCCAGCAGGCCCUCGUAGAGUGCGGGCUGGUAUUGGAGGCCUUUGGGAAUGCACGCACAGCUCACAACGACAACUCGAGCCGCGUGGGGAAGCUUGUCCAGCUGCACUUCUCACGUGCGGGUUUCAUACAGGGUGGCGUCGUGCUCGACUAUCUACUAGAAAAGACUCGUGUGGUCCAGCAGAACCCAGGAGACAGGAACUUUCACAUAUUUUAUGCUCUUCUGGCUGGAGCCUCAAGCCAACAGAUGGAGCGGCUCUACUUUUCGGAUGUUGGUUGCCAUCGCUAUCUCAACCAGCAGGACUGCAUUCUUUCCGAUAAGGACACGUUCAACAGAGUAUCGUCGUCCCUGCAUGCGCUCGGCCUCCAAGAGGGCCAGGUGGACGAGCUGUGGAAGCUCAUGGCCGGGAUCAUACACCUGGGGAACAUGACCUUCACCAACGUGGGGGGCGCGCAACUCGACCUCCGCAACCCGGAGCUGGGACGCGUGGCGGAGCUUCUUCAUGUGGAACCCACGUUGGUGGUAGAGGUCCUUACACGUCGCUCCAUCAUCCUACGUGGAGAGGACAUUCGCACGCGACUCUCAGUGCAACAGGCCGAGGAGUACCGGGACUCGCUGGCCAUGGCCUUGUACUCACGCUGCUUCUCAUGGCUCCUGGGCCACGUAAACAAUCAAAUCCAUGGCCCGCGUGACUUCCAUUCCAUUGGCAUCCUCGAUAUCUUCGGGUUCGAGAACCUUAAGGUCAACCGCUUUGAACAGUUUAACAUAAAUUAUGCAAACGAGAAACUGCAAGGAUACUUCAACAAGCAUAUGUUUUCUGUGGAGGAGCAAGAGUACAAAAGGGAAGGUAUUGAGUGGAAAGAAAUACCAUGGAUGGAUAACAAGGAUUGUCUCGAUUUGAUUGAAGAGAAGUUGGGAGUUUUGGCCCUCAUUAAUGAAGAAAGCUUGUUCCCUCGCGGGACUAAUAACACUCUUCUGAACAAACUCCACCACCACCACUCAAUGAACUCGUGCUACAUCAAGCCUCGUAUGGAGAGCCGGAGCUUCGGUAUCCGACACUACGCAGGAGAGGUGUGCUAUAUGACUGUGCAGGGCUUUGUGGAGAAGAACCGAGAUGAUUGUCACGAGGGCGUCCUGAACCUUCUUCUUCAGAGCCGAUCUGGGUUUGUUUGGAAGCUGUUUGGAGACAAAGCAUCCGGCAGAGGGGAGACCCUGAGACCAUCCCAACGCAAGCCCACCCUCCUCUCUCAAUUCAAGGAUUCUCUGCGUGCCCUCAUGGUCAUGCUCAGCUCUGUGCACCCAUUCUUUAUACGAUGCAUCAAGCCCAACCGCCACAAGAUGCCAGAGCAGUUUGACCAGGCGAGCGUGCUGGGCCAGCUGCGCUUUUCUGGCGUGCUGGGCAUGGUGCAUCUGCGUCAGGCCGGCUUCCCAGCUCGAAGAGACGUCCACGAAUUUCACAACAGAUACCGUGUGCUGAUGAGGAAGCUAGCGCUGCCGGAGGACACGCGGAGCCGCUGUGCCUCGUUCCUGCGCGUUUAUGACAGUUCGGAAACACAGUGGCAGCUUGGCAAGAGCAGGGUGUUUAUGCAUGAGGGUUUGGAGCGGGAGCUGGAGCGACAGCGCAACGAGGAGUGGCACAGGGCGGCCACAGUCAUCCGUGCCCACGCGCUCGGCUACGCCACACGGAAGUGGUACAGGACUGUGCUGCAGAGUGUGCUGACCAUUCAGAGGAGCUACCGCACCCACCGUUGGCGGAGGCGCUACUUGCUGCCCACAGCCGCCAGCGCCUUCCCAGGGACAGGCGCCAUCCCUUCGUGCUGCUUGACUCCAUGUGUCGCCUCCACACCGGGCGUGGAGUUUGCGUGUCCGCCAAGCGCAGCCAAUCUGGAUUAUCAAGGCACAGCAGAGAUUACAACGCCAUCCGUCCUGACGGAUGAGAACAUUCCUAUUGAACUCAAUGACAACACCAACACCUCUCACAUGGGUACAGAGUCGCUCGCCAUUGAAGACGUGGAGGAAGCCACGGUGUUAAGAAUGGAGGAAAGUCCUGUCCCAGAAGUUUUGACUACUGAUAAUGAAUCCGUGUACUUGAGAAGUCAUAAAAACCACUUGGUGUUGCCUGCAAGAGAAAUGGCCACUGACACUUUUCAAACAGACAUUGGUGGGUCAGGGCAAUCUGAUGAGAUGGCAGAGUUUGGUAUCUUUAUUGGCUCUUCAAAUUACCUAAACCUGAAUGUGGGGCAGAAGAAUGAUACUGUGAUUACAAGGGUUUCCGACAGUUGUCAUGAGGAUGGUACCUUAGCUUUUCCAGAUAUGCUGCACAUGAAACAAGCUGAAGAGUUCCACUUGUUAGAGUUGCCUCUUGACAAGGAACCGAUGGCCCAGCCACUUCGAGGCACAAUUUCGGGAGUGCAAUGUAAUCAAACAGGUUUAGAUGUUGACGUUACCAAAGCAUUUCAACUUUUGCAGGUUAAUGUGACUCUGCCGCAUUGCACUGAAUGUUUUCCUGACAUUCAACCCAUUGCCAUUGGAUCACAGAGCAUAUCCGAGAAUUGCAGCGAGCAGGAGCAAUGCUCUGCUGGUGGGCAGACUGAAGUGGUCUCACCAUACAGCUCAGAGGAGCAUGGCCCCCCACUGCUGGGUGCAGAGGAGGCCAUGCGGCUUGACGCCGAGGCCACCAGGGCAGGCCACGAGUUUUUGGAGUCUCUGCGUUUUGACGACAUCUUCCACAGCAUUGAAGAGUCUCUUGAAGGAAACGUAGCACAGGCUGUGUGUCCACCUUUGCCUGCUCUACAGAGCAGCAAGUCCAGUUUCGCUACAGAAGUCACCGGAAAGAAUCAUGGCUUACAUCAAGAAAAUGAGGGACCACUGGAGAACGAGUAUGCUGAAAUCCCAGAGCUUGAGCUGACGACACCUGCCGCACAUGGUGCAUCCACUGCUGUUAAUGAAACUGGCAGAAAUGAGGAGGAUGAGGACGAGGGUUUUGGAGCUGAGGAGGAGGUGUUGUUCCGUGAUGCCACCUUGCUGUCGAAGCCCACAGCUAUCAGAUUGGAUGUGGUCGAGCAGCUGAGCGAUCAACGAACGAGCGGCGCUCACACCUGCAGCGAGAUGGACUUUUCUUCUGAAGAGCAGCUUUACGCAAACGAAACCAUGGAUGUCGGCAUUGCCAAAGCGGCAGUGGCUUCAGCCCUCUCCUCGCCCCAAGCCUGUGACGCUGCAGUUGUGCCCAGCGCCCCGUACUGGUAUGAGCUGGCAUCCGAACUAGACUCCCAAACCCACGUGUACGAGAUGGUGCCACCACCGGCCGCAGUGCCCCCCGCCACGUGCAACCCCCUCAUCCAGUAUGCCAUGGUGGAUAACAAGCGAGUGAGCGACUCUGGAUUCUUCAGCAAUCGCCCUGCCGACCCGGCAGACAAGGGCAGCGAAGCUUCCACCGAGCCGGGCUCCCCCCACACGAACCCAGACGAGGAGAACGUUUACUCUACGGUGGAGAACCACGAUGCAGUGUUCACUUGCAGCACCACGUUUCAGGUGCCGCAGAACAGUCGGCCGGUGACGCUGGACUGCACCUACCGCUUCUCCUUCGGCUCUGGCACCAAGUCUGCCAGAGCCAGGGGAAGCUCCGAAGGAACGGUGAAGGGAAACGUUUCGGCUUUUGAGAGGGAAGGCAUUAAGGACGCCUUAAUCUCACCCAGUGUAACGGAUACCCAAAACAGGAGCUGCAAAGGGGAACUGUACCGUAACAGCAUGUGCACGGACCAGGGGAGCUUCAGAGAGGAUUUCUCCCGAAAUAACUCGGCCACAGGAUGGGGCAACCCAAGGGAACAGUUGUCAUCGUUUGAGAGUGAGGGGGAGUGCGUGGUGCGAGGCGGUGUGUCGGACGAAGAGUCCAUACUGCAGGGCGAGUCCGUCUACAGCAGCAUCGGUCCCCCCUUCUACCAGGGUUUCCUCUCUCUCCAGGAGAGCCUGGCGGCUGCGUGGAAGCGGCGAUGGUGUGUGCUGAGCGAGGGCACCUUCACGUGGUUCCGCACGCGCCGGGAGGCCACGCUGUCCGGGUGGCUGGACAAGCAGGGACAGGGGCGGCCACCGCUGCGUCUUGCUCGCCGCAGCUGGAAGCGCCGCUGGUUCGUGCUGCAGCCCUCCGGCCUGGCAUACUACGACAAUGAUCGUGAGGAGAGGCAGCGUGGUACCAUCGAUCUCGCGUCUGUGAGGGAGGUGUUUGGUGACGAGCACAGGGAGAACUGCUUCGACGUCAUAACGGAGGAUCGCACCUACCGCCUGCGCGCUCCGUCCCAAGAGGAUGCCAGUCGGUGGCUCGGCCUCCUGGAACGAGUGCGAGGCGCCACGGAAGGUCAACUCCAGAAAAUGUUCCAGGAGUCGUCUGACCCCAACUCAGCCCUGGGCUCGCUGGAGGCUGGCAUGCUCGAUGAGGCUUACGCAGAUGCAGACGAUCCUGACAGACCACAUACGUUUGCACUGGUGUCUGGCUCGCGCACGCUAUUCUGUAAUGCGGACACUGCGGAUGAUAUGCAGCGCUGGCUGAUGCUUCUGCAGCGAAGCAAAAGGGACAUUCCUGGCGACGGCGGCAACAUUCUGCGAGGCUGGUUGUACAAGGCCUCGGAUGCGAGUUCCCUCGUCCCCACGGGGAGGGGUCUCCAGGGGCCCCUGCGGGUCUCGUGUCCUCGGCUGCGGCGGCGCUGGUUCGUGCUCACGGCGGGCGCGCUCGAGUACUACCGUGGCAGCGAGGCGAACGCUCCGCGUGCCGGCUGCCUCGUGUUGACCCCGAUGUGCUCCGUCUCCCCGCUUGACGGAACCCAGCAGGGCCGCACCGGGAACUGGAGCUUCACGGUGUACGGGCGAAGGGACUCGUACACGCUGUACAGCCGGCAGCAAGGAGAGGCGACCCGCUGGGUCCAUGCCAUACAGAGGGCCAUUGACAGCAAGGGGUGCGCAGAUACGCCAACCUCAUUGCUCAUCCAAGACAUCGCUGAGAGUGGUGACGACCCCGACCUGGUGGAUCGCACAUGCACGCGAAACCCGAUACUGCGCUACUCUCCCCGCGCACUGCUCUCCCCUCUCCUGCCGCUCCCCUAUGGCGACAACCACUCCAAUCCAUAUGGGUACAGCUCUCUCUCGGAGGAGGCCGUGCGUCUGUCCCUGUGUCUCCUGGAACUGGAGGGAGUGCGGGAUCCCACGCCCAUGGUCCAGGGCAUCCUGCAGACGUGCUGGGACCUGAUCCCUCUCCGGGACGAACUCUACUGCCAAUUGGUCAAGCAGACAAUGACUUGGGAGGGGGUGGAUGGGCCCACAAUGGGUGGGUGGGAGGGCAAGGGGGACGGCAGCCUCAACCUCCGAGUAUGGCACCUCCUGGCGUGUACCAGCUGCACCUUCGCGCCCAGUCACGCUGUGCUGCGGUACCUCCACUUGCACCUGCGGCGAGCACUUGAGCGGAGCCGAGACCAGGAGCUCUGCCGGUACGUGGCCUUCACAUGGACUGCACUGCAGUGCAAGCUGUGCCGGCAAAGCGUCCCCUCCCGCGACGAAAUCCAAGCCCUGGCCGAAGGCCGAGAAAUCAGCACCACCAUAUUCUGCCAUGGAGGGGGCUCCUGCCCAAUCUCGAUCACCUCGCACGUCACUGCAGGCGAGGUGGUCGCUCGGCUGCUGCGAGGACUCAAGAUGGAGGGCAGCUGUAGCAAGUUUGCACUGUUCGAAUGUGGCCCGGACGGGGAGCGAGCCAUCGAGGAGAACGCCCUCCUCGUAGACAGUCUGGCCAGGUUUGAGAGGCUGGCAGCAACCAGGGAGGGUGUGGAUAAGAACCAGUGGAAAAUUUUCUUCAAGCUCUACCUUGUUUUGGACACUGUUGUGGCUCAGGAAGACAGCAUUGAAAUGGCAUUCAUGUUUGAGCAGGCCCAUGACAGCAUGGCCCGGGGACGAUUCCCAGUGAGUGGCGAGACCCUGCAGUGGAUGGCGGCGCUCAGGCUGCAGUUUGUUCACGGCAACUGUGCCACCGUGGAGACCGAAGCGUCGAGUUGCGUCACCAACUCCCCGCUUGAGAUGCACCUGGAGGACUUCUACCCCACGGGCCAUUCACAGAUGUUCCUCUCCAGCUCCAUUAGCACCCUCGCUACCUCUACCGGCACGCCCACUACCCCAGCAUCACCAGUCACACCUGGCAGUGUGAGCCGGCCGUUCACAUUCUCCCAGGACAUGGUUCCAACACCUCCCGACUCUACUGCUGUACGGGUUGUGGAGAGGAGCACACGGGGUGAAGGGUUGCUUAGGAGAAGCUUGCGCGAGGCUGCCGGAUCCUUCUUGCGCUUGAGGAGGUCCCGUCGGGACCGGCAGGAGCGGGCAGACCAUGAUGCCAGGGGGCAGCUGCUGACACUGCGAGCCGAUAUUCUGGCCAAGUGGCGGCUCCUGCACGACACGGACCCUGAGCAGGCCGUUGCCAAGUACAUGCAGCUGGUGCGGCAGUGGUCGGGUUACGGUGCCACUCUCUUUGAUGUGCAGUGCACGGAUGGGCAGUUCCCGCGUGAGCUGUGGCUGGCCGUCAGCUUGAAGUCCUUGUCGGUGUACGUGCGGGGCCAGGCCGAGCCAAUUGUUUCUUUCCCGUACGAACGAAUUCUCUCCUUUGGGGCGGCGCCCCCAGCCGAUGAUGCACACCAGAGCCUGAUCUCCACCCCCCUCCUUCCCACCUUCCAGCUAAUCAUUGAUGGACAAGAGAUUAUCUUCCAAACCAAUGAGGUGGCAGAAAUCUCCAAGUUAAUGGAGGCUUAUAUCAAUGUCAUCAUGCGUAAAGGGGAAAGCGUGCACUCGAAGAGCCAACUCUGUAAAAGUUAACCUAGGGAACGCAGAGUAAUUUAAUUUCAUAAGAUGUAUUGAGGUUACUUCGCCUAGCACCCACGUGUGGGUCUUUCAGGUGGGAGCCCAUUGACACGAGUCUCUUUUUGCAGGGGAGAUCUGGGAUGCUAAAUAAAGAAUGUACAAAUGUUGCAGUAGAAUGAGUAAAACAAUGCCAAAUAGGACGCAUGUCUCAGUGGUACCAAUCUAUGAGAUAUAUUCCUGCAUUGUUACUGCUCAGCCUCCUUCCAACUCGUGACAGACGAUUGUCUUUGCGGUUGUUAAAUAAAUAUAUUUUAUUUGGUUCAAUUAAGUUUUAAUCAGUUCAUACCUCUACCCGAUCCGCUGGAAAUGAAAACUCAACACAAACAAACUGUAUAAAGCCUCAUGUUUGAAAUACUGGGAACAGUGCACCUUGGUAAGUGCCUUAUCCACAUGGUUUACAAGUAUGUGUAAAUUCCUGAAAUGAAAGAGGUUCCACAAAGCAACAUGAUGGAAUGAACUUGAAAUUGAGCCCAAAGUCACUAUUUGAUGUGCUUGAGUAUGUAGUCGACACCGCUGUACUGUAGGAUUGAUAGUGCUGUAUAUGUUGGGCAAUAAAUUGAGAAUUAAGUGUUGUUGGGUUAUUCAUUGAAAACUAAGUUUUCAUUUGAGAAAGCACUUGCUACAGACAUUAACAAGGCAUUACCAAUGAUAUUAAAAUGUAGCCUUUGAAUUUAACUUUGUCCAAAAAAAUAUGAAAUGCAGACAAUUCAAAACCAUACAAAUAUAAACUGAACCUGUGAAAUACUGGUCAUUAAUAAAACUGCAAGUCAUGCUCGCUGCAACAGCUCCAUACCCAAACAGGUGGUAACUGACAAGCCUGAUAUGGCUCCCUAAAGUCGGCCAGCUUUUAUUACCUAAUCAUCUCUACUUUUUAUGCCUGGCAAAACAGAGUUGUACAUGUAAAACGAACCAGCAUAGACUACUUAAAAUCACUUUCCAUCGUUCCCACUGCCAAUGCAGUGUUGCUUUUCACCACUGUUGACUGCUAUAGCCCAACUGUUGAGGUUUAAAAACAUUGCACUCGUAUAUCCUCAUGCAAAGUGCCAGAAAUGAACUAGUGCCUUGCAGCAAUCCCACCAGUCCCUUUAUCGCACAAGGGUCUUUGUCCCAAAAUAGCGCCAGCUGACAAUCGGUUGUUUUAACAGCACCAGGUAGGCUUUAUAUGGUUUACACUGCCAUAGCCUUACUCUUGUUUACAAAGCCAAUACGUUCCUGGGACUCAUCCAGGUUUGGACCGACGUGUGAAAUAUGCUGCUGGCAGCAUUUCUGCAAAAUGAAUUGCAGGGAGUUUACUUAUUUAUUCCCUGUUUUUUGAUAAUCACAUUUUGUAUAAAAAAAACUCGAAUAAAGUAACUUUUUUAUUUAAAUGUUUAAUAGAUAUGUAAAGUGCAAUCGUGUACAGGUGCAUCGCUUGUCCUGGACUUUGGAAUCACACACCAGAGAAGUGGACAAGUUAAGGAAACUAGAAAAAGCCCAAAAAUCUGGCAUUUUGAAAUGCAUUAUUGCACUGUGGAAAUAACAUCUUGUGGAGUUUGGCAUUUUAUAAUUCUUUACAUUUUCCACAAUGUAAUAUCUUGGCAUAACUUGAAUACUGUGCCUAGUUUUGAAAUGGCAUUGAUAACUUUUUCAUAUUCCUGUUUUGCUUGCUUUGUCAAAAAUUGCUUCAACUGCAGUACAAUGCAGCCAUAUUUUGUUUCAGAUGUUUGCCUUAAAUAAAAUAAAGUAUAAAUGUUUGUAAGCCUCCUUUCGUGUGUACACUAACGUAUCUUCCAGCAAGCUUACACAAUACUGUCGUCACAUUAACUGAAAACAAGUAAAAUAUUUAUUUCAGACUUAAGCCUCAAAUGUGUUACUUUUAUUAUUUCCGGUACAACCUCCGUCAAAAUGUUGACGACCCUGUCAAGUUUCGAUUAGGGGGCAAAUUUUUUGCUUCCCAAUUAAGUAAUUUUUCAAAUAUAGAAAACAUCACGUGGCCUAUAUUCGUUUUUAUAUGUGAUAAGAUAUUUAAGCUCCACUAAGAAGCAGAUUGACCAGAAAUACACCCACAGUAAUUUGGAGGCUUUCUGAUCUAUGCUUGGAAAAAGGUCUCCCGACUCGAUUGAGAGGUACCGGC